AUGUCGAAACCACGGCCACCUAAGAGUGUACGAACAAAACAACAAUUUGUGGCAGUUGCAAAAUUAAAGCUUGCUGUGGCACACCCCGAGUUGGUUGAAUUCCACGACGCAAACUCACGUGAACCCGAGUUGUUAAUCGAGUUGAAGUCGAUGAAAAAUGCUGUUCCAAUCCCACAACAUUGGUGUCAACGGAAACGGUUCUUGUCAGGGAGGAGAGAAAAAGAAGCGUACCGAUUGCCUGACUACAUCGAAGCAACUGGUGUAGGACAACUUCGGCAGGCAUAUCUUGAUCAGGAACAAGACCUCAAAAUGAAACAGAAGAUGCGCGAGAAGAUGCGUCCAAAGACGGUUGGUUGCAUCGAUUACCAAAUUCUGUACGACGCUUUCUUCAAAAACCAGAAAAAGGAGAAAAUGACGCAAUUUGGCGAACUUUACUUUGAUGGGAAGGACGAACAGAAGUACACGGGAACACCAUUUAAACUCUCAUCACAACUGAGAGAGGCGCUUGGAAUUGGAGAAACACAAACACCCCCUUGGGCUGAUGCAAUGCGUACUUACGGCCCACCACCCGCUUACACUGAUUUGAUUGCUGAACUCAAUAAUUCGUAA